AUGCGUGCGAAACGCUCUGCAGCACAGAAUACAAGCGCUAUAAUAGCACCAGUUAAUAGGGAGCGUUACGAGCUCAUCGAUAAGAAUCAGCGUUCGCCGAUGAGAGUGAUUGCACAAAAACUUCUACGACAAGUCCGGAGACUGAAAAAUAAGGACGAAAAUGAGGGUCAAAAUUGGAAGAGGACUGUUGCGGAACUUCAAGUGGAGGGAGUGAAAUUGAAAAAGAAGAGGAAAAUGCUGCAGUUGCUCCAAAGGCAUAUAAGAAUAAUCAAGAACGCCUUGCGUGAUCAUGCCAUCCUCCAGCGCACCACGAAGAGAGGCGGGGCUUACGAGAAGGAUAAUGACAUUGUAAAGUUGGUGAAAGGAAGAGCGGAGCAGGAGACACUGGACUAUGAGCAGCUAAUGCGAAUUCCAGUGAACCUUGUACGUGAAGCUGUAAAGCUAACUGUGAUGCUUGAUGGGGGAAACGUCACAGACUUUGACAGGAAAAUUUUGGAAAUUCUGUCUCCGCGAUUUUUUCCUGUUGUUCCCGAACAAGACGUCGACGGCAAGGUGAAAGCUCUUUCACCGUCUCUAUUCGCUCUUCACGAUGAAGGGCGCGGACUGGAGAAUGAGACAAGCUUGGUAAGAGCGAUGUCACUGUUCGGUAACAAAGAAAACGACGCCUGGCUCAACCUCAUUAUGGAAGCAAGUGGAGUGACGGACACUCUCGAGGCCCUAAAGGUGACCGGUUUGUUCAAUAUCAGUAUUGUAACAUUUGUGCGACCAAGUGGGGAGAAUCAUGAAAGAUUCCCGCUGAAAGAUGCUGCUUUGCAUGGUUCCAAUCAGUCGCCAUAUUUAACGAAGGAAAAUGUGACCACCAUGCUUGGAGAAGAAGAGGGAUCGAAAAUAGAAGUUUUCGAACGUCUCCAACGUUCGCUCACAAACGAACAGCUGCAGUCAAUGAAUGCAGCUGGCUAUGCAGUGAUGAACGGACAGCAGCUAAAUAUGGUCUAUGGUCCAAAAUCACCAUAUAGUAAUAGUGAGACACUAAAGCAGCUAUCAAUGAUUCGAGCUGAGGAAGUUCCGGCGUUAAUUGAAAGAACAAUUCGUGGCCUGGCUUCAGAAACGAUUAAAUUUGAGGUACAGCGACGGAAAGCUGCGAUCCUCUCACCGUUCUUGUUCGGUUCCAUUGUUCUGGACCCAGCAGGUGCAUCUAUUCCGGUGGUGCUUUCGCCUAUAUUGCUCACUCAAGUAAUCCUUUCACCAGCUAUUCUUGGCGCUCUAAUUUUAUCGCCAUUAUGUCUCGUUCCUAUUGUUCUUGGCCCACGACUUAUGUUUCCCGUUGUUUUAUCACCAAUUGCACUAACACCAGUAGUUCUCACCCCACUUGCAAUGGAUCCUGUCAUAAUGAGCCCUGGUGUACUUUUACCUUUUAUUUUUUCACCUCAACUUUUAUCGCCAUUUGUUCUGAUGCCUGUUGCAAUGGUUCCGUUCAUUUUUUCGCCCUUCGCUCUGACACCAUUUAUCUAUAUUCCCCACACAAUGGUUCCCAUGAUUCUUUCGCCAUUCGUUCUCUCUCCAAUAGUCUGCUCGCCGCCAUAUAUUUCUGCUUUCGUGCUAUCGCCCUAUGCGUUCUCUCCCAUAAUCAAAUCCACAGGAAAGUAUUUUACGACCGUCCUCUCACCAAACAGCGUACAAACCCAAGGAGCAAACAAGGAUGAACUUGGUGGCGUACCAGCCGUCGGCAAUGAAAGUGGGAAGUCGAGCUGA